CUUUUUUUCCCUCACUCCUCCUUUGCCACUUGCUACACACAACUCGACUACAUAAUUAAAAGCAAAACUACAUGCAUCCGUAAUGACACGAUCUCCUCUACAAUCAGCCAAUCAUCGUCCUCAGGGACACGGUCGGAAUGGUCAACCUAAAGCUUCCUUCCAGGAUCUUCAACGAGGUCGUCUUGCCAAACAGGUUAUGCAGUCAACAGGAACGACUAGUACAGCAUCCCCAUCCACAGGCGAAUCCAGUACCACUAACAAUGUGCUAGCUGUCGAAGUGCCUGUCGUUGCAUCACUUACGCCAGAACAAAUGUACUCAAAUUUUGAGGAAUGGAUCAAAAUGUGCACGGACAAUAAAAUCAAUGCAAAAAAUAGCUGGAACUUUGCAUUGAUUGAUUACUUUCAUGAAAUGACGUUCCUGCGCGAUGGUGACAGCAUCAACUUUCAAAAGGCUUCUUGUACACUUGACGGCUGUGUGAAAAUUUAUACAUCCAGAGUUGAUUCUGUGGCCACAGAAACCGGAAAGCUACUCAGUGGUUUGGCGGAUAGUGCAACUUCAGGAGAUCCUGACGAUGAUGAGGAUCCACAACGGUCGGGCGAUGCACCGGAACGACGCACGCGACGAAGGGGCAAUCGUGCCGAAAGUACCCUACUCAGGGAUUUCUCGUCGAUCGCUUUAAAGAAGUUCGACCUUGAUUUCGCUGUCGAUCCGCUGUUCAAAAAAACAUCUGCUGACUUUGACGAAGGCGGUGCUCGUGGUUUACUGCUGAAUCAUCUGGCCCUUGAUCGUGAUUGUAAAAUCAUUUUCGACGCAUCAGACGCGAGCAGCUCAGAACCAGCACCUAAUGAUAAGCAAACGGAUGAGGGUGAUCUGCUGGCUGCAGAAAAAACUCAAGAUGCGGAACAAAUGGAUGAAGACAUAGAAGAUAACGAAGGCGACGGUCAAUCAAAAGAAGAUAAAGAUGCCGCCAAAGACGAUGACAAAGAGGCAGCAGCUGUUGCUGUUGAAGAAGAAGAAGAAAAAGUAGAAGAUCCAAUGGAUGUGGAUGCUAAUGAGCAAUCUGAAUCAAGUGAACAACAAGAACAAGAACCAAUCGACCAACAACUCCCCCAACCUGCGGUCGAAAAAGAAGAAGAAGAAGAAGAAGAAGAAAAGGACAGUAUGGUGGAAAUAUCCCGUUUACGAGCCAAACUGCCACCUGUCGAAAUCAUUGCCACUUUACAAAUAUGUCCUACUUUGCAAGGCUACAACUUCUUCUCAGAAACGGAUUUCACUAUGCCUGAUCUUGAGGAUACUGCCGACCAGAUAGAAAAUCCUGUCGAUUUGGCACCACCAACAACCGCAGGAGAAACGGGAGAUGACUACGCUAAUGAUGAUUAUGAUGGCAUGGAUGAUUAUGAUUUUGGCGACGACGGACCUAUGCUGGAUGGUAUUGACGAUGUUCCAUUUGGCGAUGGCCAUGGCGAUGCUGAUGGCGAUGCUGCGGGCGGACAAGAUGAAGGAAGCAUCGGUGGAGAUAAUGAGAAUCCUUUGCAAGAAACCGACUUUAUGAGUGCCAUGACGGGAGGCAAUGGCAGUGACAUGUUUAGCUACUUUGAUACGGCAUUUAACAAAAACUGGGCUGGUCCUGAACAUUGGAAGUUGCGACGACCCGUAUCAAAAGUGGCCAAAGAAAAGGAUACUACAGCAAAUCAAGAAGAAGGUGCCGAAGGUGAAAAGUCACGGAAAAAGCAAAAACAAGCAUUUCAAAUCGACUUUAUUGCUGGUGAGGAUGUGGAUGAAGAUAUGUUGUUUGCAACAGAUAAACGGACCAAGAUCAGCAUGUCCAGUGUGCAAGAAUCAGCCGUCAAAGACGACAUUCAUCUUUUACCAGAUGACAUGCAUUUCUCAUCGAAGCAGCUAUUGAAGCUCUUUUUGAAACCUACAUUUUCGAUGCGAAGCAAGAAGAAGCAGAGACAAGAAACAGGGGAAGAAGACGCUGCUGCUGUACCACAAGAAGAUGACCAGCAAUAUGACUAUGACCCUGGUGUGGAUGAUUAUGGUCCAGAUACACAAUUUUGGGCAGAUCAGCAAACUGAAAGUACACCCGACGAACCAUAUCAGACACAAGCCGACACACAAGAUCAAACCGUUCUCACUGCAUUGGAAGAUACGUCGUUCUAUCAAGAUUCGUACUAUGACACAUAUGACGACGUAGAAAAUUCACACCUCUAUGGCGAUGCUCUGAUUACCAACCAUCGCUUAAAGAAGACCAAGCCGCUGUAUGUGAACUAUGCCCGCACAGCCAAACGUGUCGACGUUAAAAAGUUAAAAGAUAACCUGUGGAAAGCACUCACGCUACCCAAGCCGGAUACACCAUCGCCACCAGUAGAAUCAACGCCAGGCAACGACAGUGUCGAUCCGGAUUCAGUGCAAGGUGUUCAGCGAUUCACUGAUAUUCUGCAAGAGCUGCGCAGAAUGUAUACAGUCAAGGCAUUGAAGGACAUAUCGGUGCCAUUCUGCUUUAUUUGUCUCCUGCAUCUGGCCAACGAACGGAAUCUUACGAUAUCUCGACCGACAAAUCUAGCCGAUCCAGACUAUGAUCCUGACGACUUUGUUUUAGGCGAAGCGCCGAUGGAUGAGACUUUCCUUAACGAAGUAACGAUUGUACAGAACGUAUAAUCUCUUUACCCCUCUCCGUUUUCUCUCUCUCUCUCUCCAUUCACACUUUAUACAUUCACACAUUACACAUAGUCUCAAUAACCGGCUUUCUUUCUUUUGUAUAUACAACGUCUCCUUAUUAUAUACAACCUGUGAUUAACUCAAAAUCAUAAUUAUCAUCACUAGCAUCACCAUAUCAUCAAUAUAGUUUUAUUUAUCAUGCAAG